CCAGGACGACAUCUCUAUUUGGUGAUUGUGUUGCUGUGUGGUGUCGCCCUGUUCGUUGUUCUGGUCACCACCUUGGUCGUUGCCCCCGGGGUCGCAUCGGGUGGCCCAGGCUUCUUUCGUCAGGCCGUGAUCCGACCUGUUACGAGAUCUAGAGAGCAGCUCUUCGCUCUUUGGCCAGGACGACAUCUCACCUUGGUGGUUGCUCUUGUGGUCGCACCGGAGUGCCCAGGUGUAUUUCGUCGGAUCGUCAGUCGUCUUGUCCCGAGGAAACAGCUUGCUGUUGUCCGGGACACCAUGGGAAGAAAGCUACGACACCUGCUGAUAUUCCUUCUCAUCAUCCUGAAGGAGCCCAACAUGUCAGAAGCUGGUUGCAGCUGUGCAUCAUCACGCUGCGUAUUUGCACAUCUACCAAAGCUUGAAAUAUUGGACCUGGAAAACAACCAGAUUAUAAAGAUCCAUGCAAAUACUUUCGCAAAUUUACUCCAGCUACAAGAGUUGCACCUGGGCUGA